AUGGCCGGCGACGAUGAGCACGAUGGCGCCUCCGUCAAGGAAAUAUUGAUCGCAGCCUGCCGCGGCAACAAUACCGAACUUCUUGACGAAUGCCUCGAGGAUAAAUCCGAUGCCGAGAUCUCAAAGCUCCUUAACGAGACUACAACUGUUAUGGGCAACCAUCUCUACCACGAAGCCGCCUCCCGAGGAAACUACGAAAUCAUCGAUCAUCUCCUCGACCAGCCCGAAUUCGAAUGCGAUCCUAUCAACCGCAUGGAAGGCGACACACCUCUUCACACCGUCAUCCGCUGGAUAAACUCAGAGCCUCCGGCCCAGCGACCUUUCGGCAACGCUCUCGUCGAAAUGAUGCUUGAGGCCGGCUCUAGCACGCGCGUCAAGAACAAGGCCCGCCUAACUCCCUAUCAGCUUGUCGACCCCACAAACACAGAACUUCGUGAGCUUAUUCAAAAGCAUGAGUACGCAAACCAAAAUGCGGGAGACUUCAUCAACGUGAACAACUCAGCUAGCCACGACGGUGCGGUGCUGGAUGCACAAGACGAUAGUGACGAUGACGCUGAGUUCAGCGGCAGUGAUGAUGAGGAGCGCGCCGAGUGGGAGAGGAGGCGGAAGGAGAAGCAAGGCAAAUAG